UCCCACGCACCUGCUCUUUUGCAUAUCCUGUUUCUCUGAGUCAGAAGAUGAUGACUGUGGGCAGAGGAAGCUAACCGCGUAGAUGCUCUGACAGCUGGACGCGAUAAAGACGAGAAAUAUCAUAACAUCUCCCAAGAACAAUGGAUGGGUUUAUGGGAGACAUGCUGGACGACAGCUCUGUCAUGGCUCGAAUGCAGAAGAAAUUUUGGAAAACGAAACAGGUGCUGAUUAAAGCCACGGGAAAGAAAGAGGACGAGUAUGUGGUGGCGUCAGACGCAGACCUGGAUGCAAAACUUGAGUUCUUCCGCUCGGUUCAGUCCACAUGCACAGAGCUGCUGAAGGUGAUCGAGAGGUAUCAGCAAAGAAUCACAAGGUUAUCCCAAGAGGAAAAUGAGCUCGGGCUGUUUCUGCAUUUCCAGGGCGAACAUGAUAAAACUAAAGCUGGCAACAUGAUGAACGCCACCAGUAAAGCCUUGUGCACCUCGGCCAAGCAAAGGAUGGCCCUGUGUGCACCGCUGCACCGUUUGCACCAGGAAGUGGAGACGUUUAGGAGGCGAGCCAUUCAGGACACUCUUCUGACGGUCACUCGGAUGGAACGAGCCCGUACGGAAUACAGAGGAGCGCUGCUGUGGAUGAAGGACGUUUCACAAGAGCUGGACCCGGACACGUACAAACAGAUGGAAAAGUUUCGCAAAGUUCAAUCCCAAGUCAGAGGAACGAAAACCCAAUUUGAAAAGCUGAAGAACGAUGUUUGUCAGAAAGUGGACAUGCUCGGAGCCAGCCGCUGUAACAUGCUGUCUCACUCACUUUGCACAUAUCAGACCACUCUGCUCCAGUUCUGGGAGAGGACGGCUCACUCCAUGUCAAAGAUCCAUGAGGCGUUCAAAGGCCAUGUAACUUACCAGUUCACGACGCUCAAGGAUCUGAGAGACCCUUUAGACCUGAUAUCAGAAAGUGAAGAGGAUAAGAAGGAGGAGGCCUUACAAAGAAACACAGACAGCUUGGUGUCUUUGGAUGACAACAAGGAACCAGGAAGUGGCUCAGAAGCAGACCGCACUCCCAGCAUUGACGGCCUAAACCAGCUCAGUGACAUUGCUCCAGAAUCGCUCCAUCCCUUCACUCCACCUCCACAAAGUUUUAACAGUCUAUCAGCAAACGGAGGCGACGGCGACCUUAUGCUUAUGGCCUGUGACGCUGCACCUCCUCCUCUGCUCCCCGGUCCUGUAAACCACCACAUUUUUCCUGCCCCUCCCCAGCCUGGACUCCCACAUCUGUUAUGGGGCUCCCAGUCCAGGCAAACACAACAGCACGUCAUCGGCCUGAGACGAGAUGAGGAGGACAGCGACAAAGGAGACAUGGCGUUCCUCAAAGACCUCCUCAGCCCGGGACCCGGCUCCUCGGACGAGUUCUCCAAAGAGUGGCAGGACGCUUUCGGCAUUCUGGACAGUCCCAGCACACCUUCAACUGUCCCGUCUGGAGCAGCGGUAUCGGCUAACAGCGGGGGGGUCUCCGCAGCGACAGCCCGACCCCCCUCCAACCCCCCCAGCCCCACAGGCUUUCUGCCCUCGCACCUGCUCGACCACAGUCUCAGCUCCACAGGCUGGGCGACCCCUCCUAUGUUCCAAACCCCACCAAUGCAGCCCCCUACAGGCCAGAGCCAGUCAGCGCAGCCCCCACAGAGCGCAGCCAAGACGGGUGCCCCGGGAUCAUCCAAAGAUAUGUCGGCUUGGUUCAACUUGUUUGCAGAUUUGGACCCGCUUUCCAACCCGGACGCGAUCGGACGCUCUGCAGACGAGCUACUUAACGCUUAAAUGCUCCUUCUCCAUUUCUACUGAUUCACUGCAAAAGCUAAAUUGUAAAACCCCCAAACCCGUCUUAUCUGCACAUGACUGUUAACGCCACACUACAAGAUGCUAAGUCAGAUGCACACAGGGUUUUUACGUGGAGACUACAGUGUUUACUUUGGAGCGUGUGGUCAGCUUGUAUUAUUGCUGUUUGCAUUGUCGGGUGUGUGUCUUUUUGCUUUCUAUACAUCGGUUAAGGUUACAAGGGAAGGUUACACGUCCCUAAUUUUAUGUAGUAAUCAUAGACUGUAUAUGUAAAUGGACGUAGCUAACCUGCUAGCUGCUGCGUUCCAAACAGGAAGUGAGCAUGGGCGCACUUCCGGCUCCAUCGACUCAUUGACAAACCCACUCUACAUGGUCCUGAUGUUUUUAUUUCACUAUUGUGUCUGUAAAUCAAGAUAUCAACAUUAAAAACAGACAAAUCAGGCGCCUUCUUUCCCCGAGGUCGCUCCUGUUAGCGUUAGCAACAGGUUUGAUUGACAGCGUUGCAUUGGUGUGAGCAGAAAAGGGCGUGAACUUCAACAGCCUCGCUCCUGAUUGGCUCUUUGGUUGCUAUGAUACUCGCGGUGGGACUUCCAAAUAUGCAACUCGGCUCCAAAUUCGCCGCUAUAACUGCUCUAGCCUCGAUGAGCUUCAUUUGUCUGGAGCCGAACGCCGUGGGUGACGUCCACUUCUUUAUACAGUCUAUGGUAGUAAUAUAAACACAUACUGUACACUGAACAUUGAAUCACAAAUACUUAACUCUAUUUGCCUAAAGCUGCUGCAACUCAAUAUAUGAUGUCUCAAUGUGCCCAUCUGAAAAGGUCCUACAUAUUUAUCUAAAGGGGAUUCUCAUUGUCAUGUUUGCUUCUAUGGCUGGCGUCUACAUGUGCUGGCUCGUAAUAGUAGUUAGACCUGUCACGUUAACACAUUUUAAAGUUUGAAAUAAAUAUAUAUGAUAGAAUUGUAGACCAAGAGCUGAUUUAGACCAAAAAACCUAUUAUAAAUCUACAACGUUGUUUAAAAAAAAUCAUUGUAGUCGUUAGUUUGCAUCUGUAAUGAGUCAUACAAGUUAUUAAUUCAACCUUUUACCUUUUUAAAUCGUAUCAUACAGCCAAAACAUAACCAAAAUAUCCCAGUAGCGCAAAGAAAAAGUACACGUAACCCCAAAAAUAUAGUUUAAGUCGAUGUGGUGAUUAUAGUGACAGGUCUAACCGUAGUACACACUUAACUGUCUCAUCCAUGUGUUGUUUUAUUGUGAAAUGUGAAAGGGAAUCCUGUGAAGAAUGAGUAUAUGGGCAAGUUUUUUUUUUUGCUAAAACUGCUCUACCAAACACUAUUUAAUAUCCUAAUCUGAGUAUUUAUUUCUAUAUUAUUUGGCGACAUGUUCUAAGACACUAUUUUUAAUCUGUGUUUUGUAUUGCACAGAAUACAGUUUUUUUUGGGGGGGGGCAGGGUAAACUGUUGCUGUUAAUUUCUUGUAAUUCUUCUGAUUUGAAACUGCUGCAUCGAAACGACCUUUGACCUUUGUGAAUGUGUAUGCGUCCUCUCACCGUGCGUUUGCUGUACUUCAAAUAUGCAUCAGGCCGAACUGAAACGUCAAUUUUUGCGUUUUUGUUUUGGUUUGACUUUAGGAAAUUAUGACACAGGAGAAGAUGUGUGUUAAAUGUGAAUUAUGUAACGAUUCUGGCAGCGUGUCAACCAGCUGCUCGUCUCCAUGGAGAUGUUGUCACACAGCCUGGCAUGUUCCGGUACAGCUUUAAAGGCACGAUAUUACUGCAAAACUGACUCUUGUGAAGUUUAAGCCGUGUUAUAAUGCUGUUACGUCAUCAAAAACAGACCUGGAGCGUGUUUUGUUUCAUUCACACACGUUUGUCUGCAUCUCCAAAGCUCAAAAUGCUCUGUUCCACCUUGUGAUGUCAUUAAGUGAUACUUUUCAAGUUAACAGCUCCUUUUGCCUUUUGUUUUAGGUAGAGAUAAGUGGCAAUUCCAGAGCUGAAAUGAUCCAAAUGAUUCUAGUGAAGGUGUGUGGAGUUUAAAAACACAGUUGAGCACUUCCUGGAUUACCACAUGAUGACAUCACAAGGUGUAACGGAGUGUUUUGUCAGCCUAAAAAUGCAGCGUUUGUGUGUUAAGCAUGUGUGAAUGAAACAAAACACAACUCCAGGUCUGUUUGUGACGAGGAAACAUUAGAACAGAUCAGAAAAUAGUGUAAUACAGGCCCUUUAAACAUAUUUAUACUCCCGUUUUAUUGUUGACAAAAUCAAAAUCCAUAAAUAAAAACAUGCUUUCCUGCUGUGAGCGCCUGUCCACAGAUCUGACCUUGUACCUCAAACCUUUAAGAGAGCUUUAAAGUGUUAAAAUAAAACAUAACGUGCAUGUUUUUGGCAGCAGGUCGCUGGGUCAAAACAAAUGAUUGACCUGAGCUGGAGAUGGAUCAGUUUAAAGCUUUACAGUGGAACAGCGGUCAAAGCGGUGACAUCUCCAUGGCGACAAACACGUGGCAGAACCUCGCCCAGAAACCUUACACGAUACACACCUUUUAACAGCCGGCUUUAUAUUUGAGUCAUUGUUUACUUUAGAUUUGGACACUGCACAGAGGAAUGUAUCAUAAUGAACCACAGACGCUUUGUUUAAUUCAACUAUGCCUUUUAUUUCAUUUAAGGGAUUAAACAUGAAAUUUUGGCAGUUCUGUUUCGAAUAAACUGGACAAGCAAAC